UUGAUAUAUGAUAUAGCCGUUAGAAACAACAGCUAUUUCAAGAUUUCAAUCGGACGGGUCACAUUCUUCGCAAUUCAAACUUCAACUCAAUCAAAACCCUCCGUUUCUCUUUACCUCUUAAAACUCACACACAAAACACACACUCUUUCUCUCUCGCUCAGAUCUUCGCGUUCUUCUUCUAUCUCUUUCUCUCUCUCUCUCUCUCUGUGAAAUUCAUAGUUUUUGCUCUGAGUUCAAAGCCAUGGAAGAUCGGACGGUGGAAAUUCUCUCAGAAAACUGUGAACGCUUCGAUCCUAAUCGCGAUUUGAAGCCUUCGUCUCCCUCUGCUUCAGUUCAAACCCUAGAGGAUUCAACUAUUCACUCAGAACAAAUCGAGGAAAAUACGGAUUUAAUAGAUGAUAAUAGUUUGUCAAGUGGAAUCCAAGAAACUACUCCAGACCAGGGCCACACCCUACCGAUAUUGCAGAAAAUCAUUGAUUUGAGCACCAAAGUUCAGAAUCUGAAGAAAGAGCACACUGUCCUAUCUGAUCAAGUGAAGCAAACUACAGAUUCUUUCCCUGGCCCCGAAGUUGUGAACACUCUUCAGCUUCUCAAUACUGAACAUGAGCUUCUAAAGAAGAAGUACCUUCAAGAGUCAUCUGAACGUAAGAGGCUUUACAAUGAAGUGAUUGAGCUUAAAGGCAAUAUCAGGGUCUUCUGCAGAUGUAGACCUUUAAACCAAAAUGAGAUUACAAGUGGGUCUACUUCUAUAGUUGAUUUUGACUCAUCUCAAGAUAAUGAGCUGCAGGUCAUUUGCUCUGACUCUUCCAAAAAGCAAUUUAAGUUUGACCACGUGUUUAGGCCUGAGGACAACCAAGAGGCUGUUUUCGCUCAAACUAAGCCUAUUGUGACUUCGGUGUUGGAUGGGUAUAAUGUCUGCAUAUUUGCCUACGGACAAACUGGAACAGGGAAGACAUUUACAAUGGAGGGAACACCUGAAAAUAGGGGAGUCAAUUAUAGAACUCUGGAGGAGUUGUUUCGAAUUUCUGAUGAGAGAGGUGGCAUUAUGAGAUAUGAAUUGUUUGUUAGCAUGUUGGAGGUUUACAAUGAGAAGAUUCGGGACCUACUGAUUGAUAACUCCAACCAACCUGCAAAGAAGUUGGAGAUAAAACAGGCAGCAGAGGGAACACAAGAAGUCCCAGGACUUGUUGAAGCUCAUGUUUUUAGUACUGAGGAUGUUUGGGAACUGAUGAAGUCUGGAAGUCGAGCUAGAUCUGUGGGAUCCACCAAUGCUAAUGAGCUCAGCAGCCGUUCUCACUGCUUGUUGCGAGUGACUGUUAAGGGGGAAAAUUUAAUAAAUGGACAGAAGAUAAGGAGUCACCUAUGGCUGGUGGACUUGGCUGGUAGUGAGCGUGUGGGUAGGAUUGAAGUUGAAGGUGAAAGAUUGAAGGAAUCUCAGUUCAUUAAUAAAUCUCUCUCAGCGCUUGGUGAUGUCAUUUAUGCCCUUGCAUCCAAAACAGCCCACAUUCCUUACAGGAACUCCAAGCUCACGCAUAUGCUGCAGAGCUCUCUAGGAGGAGAUUGCAAAACCCUGAUGUUUGUCCAAAUCAGCCCAAAUUCAGCAGAUCUAGGUGAAACACUUUGUUCACUAAAUUUUGCCAGUCGAGUCCGUGGAAUUGAGAGUGGCCCUGCUCGCAAACAGGCAGAUCUUAGCGAGCUUUCCAAGUAUAAGCAAAUGGCAGAAAAGCUCAAGCAUGACGAGAAGGAAACAAAAAAACUACAGGAUAAUUUGCAGUCUUUGCAGUUAAAGCUUUCUGCCAGAGAACAUAUCUGCCGAAAUCUUCAGGAGAAGGUUCGAGACCUUGAGAACCAACUAGCAGAGGAAAGGAAAACCAGAUUAAAACAGGAAACUAGAGCUUUUGCUGCUGCUACUGCUCAGCCCUCAGGAUUUUCAUCUCUAAAACAAGCAGCACUGAAGACCAUAACAGAGAAGAAGCCGCCACUGGCUCCUUCAAAAGUGAGGUUGCCACUGCGGAGAAUUUCCAAUUUCCUUCCCCCACCAUCUCCUGUUCGACCCCGAAAAGCAGGAACAGCCAAUCCUCUCAUCCCUGCUUCAGCAGGUGGCAAAGAAAAUAUUCCCAAAACAACGAUGGCAGCAACAAACACAAAAAACCUUAUGAAACCAAGACGGUUUUCUGUUGCUGUCAGACCACUUCCUUCAACAACAACAACACAGGCAAUUCAGCCUAGGAGAAGGGUCUCCAUUGCUACCAUCCGUCCUGAAUCCAACACUUAUAUGACAACUCCACUCCACAGCUCUGCCUCUCGAUUCAAAAAUGGCACUGCAAUGGGCCGGCAGUCACUUGUGAGAGACCCACGGAAGGCACGGUACUCACGGUUGUUCUCUCCAAUGCCAGAGUUGAGGACAGCAGGAGAGACAACGCCAACUGCUGCCAUGAGGAGCAGUAGUAAGUUCAUGGGGAGUCCUCCAACACAGGCUGGUUCAUGGAAGUCAAAGCAUCCAACAGUUGUUGCACUACAACGGAAACCAUUAGUGUGGAGUCCACUCAAGUUGAGAGGCAUGAAAAAUAACAGGAGGCCAUCAUUGUUGCCCUCUCUCUAACUGAGAUUCAAUGAGCCAUGUUUUCCCAGUCUAUAUUGUCAAACGCCUUGUAACCAUUGUUCCCCCAAUUUUUCUAUUAUUUUUUUUUUUGUUCUUUUGGGAUAUUAUUGCAAUUGUAUGCUUCUUGCUUACUAAAAUCAGUCAAUUCUAUGAGAUUGGGAUGCAUUUGCUUUAUUUCUUUGUGUAUAAUUCCCAAUUGGAUAACAUUUGGAAAG